CGUUCCCAUCCCGCCCUCUCCUUCUCUCCAGCCUACCCCCGUCCGGCAAGCAUGGGUCUCCCUGGCGUCGGCUUCAUCGGGCUCGGCAACAUGGGUCUGCCGAUGGCGCGCAACCUGCUCAAGGCUGGCCGCCGCCUCGUCGUGCACGACCUCAACCCUGCCGUGGCCGCUCCGCUCACCGCCGCCGGCGCGACCUUUGCAUCGUCGCCGGCCGAGGUGGCGUCCGCCGUGACCGGCGAGGGCGGCGCCGUCUUCACGAUGCUGCAUUCCGGCGCUGCGGUGCGGGAGGUCUACACGGGCGCCGACGGCCUGCUCUCUGCCUGCAAGCCUCAGACGCUCCUCGUCGACUGCUCGACGGUGGAGCCGGCGACUGCGCGCGAGAUGUCGUCAGCGGCGGCGGCGCACGGGUGCGACUUUCUCGACGCGCCGGUCUCGGGCGGCGCGCCCGGCGCCGCUAGCGCCAGCCUCACCUUCAUGGUCGGGUCCGACUCGGACGCCGCGUUUGCCGCCGCGACGCCCUUCUUCACGCAGAUGGGCAAGCCGCCCGUGCGGUGCGGGAGCGUGGGCGCCGGCCUCGCGGUCAAGCUGGCGAACAACCUCGCCCUCUCCCUCCAGAUGCUCGCCACCGCAGAGGCCUUCUCGCUCGGCAAGGCGCAAGGCGUCGACCCGCACGUGCUGGCCCAGGUGAUGAACGUCUCGACCGCCCGCUGCUGGUCCUCCGACACGUACAACCCGGUGCCGGGCAUCCUUGAGGGCGUGCCGGCGGCGAGGGAUUACGAGGGCGGCUUCGCAACGUCGCUCAUGCUCAAGGACCUCCGCCUCGCCCUCGACGCCGCCGCCGCCGUUGGCGCGCCCACGCCCUCCGCCGAGCACGCCCGCCGCCUCUACCGACUGUCGGCGGAGCGCGGUUUCGCGUCGCGCGACUUUGGCUCGAUCUACGCCUUCCUCGAGGCGGCGCGCGGCGAGCCCGACUCCAUCUCGGUGGCGCUGGCCGAGGCGUGGGCCGAGGAGGCGGCCACCGCCGCAGGCGAGUCCUUCGACUCUGGCGCGUUUGGCGAGGAGGUGGUAGCGGCCGUGGCCGAGACGACGGCUCCCGCCACCGCGACGACGGUCAAGAUAGGCCAGGACGGCAAGGUUGUCGCACCCUCGGCGUGACGCGAGGCGUCUUUACGUUUUCUGGCGAGAUUUCUGUCGCGAUCGUCACACCCCGCGCACAGCGCACACGACGGCGCCCGCUGCGAUUGCGCUCGCACACGUCGCACACUCGGCUUGUGUGUUGCCCUUCUGUGUCACUCACUUGAACCACAACAAACUCGUCUUAAGGUCCGCCAGUCCGGCACCGGGGCACCGCUCCUACAAAAUUCGCGCCUGCGGGGGGGCCGACCCCUCACACCUGUCACCUGUCACCUCCUCUCAGAGACCCUCGCCACAGGCCACACAAAUCACAAUCACAAACGCGUCAACGAGGACGAGAAAAAAGUGCUCGGGCAAAGAUGUCAUCGGAUUCAUGAGUUCGAAUAGUGUGUUAUUGCAAUAUGUUCGCCGUUACGGCGCUUCC